AUGCUGAACGAUCAGUUCAGUCAUCACCACCUAUUUAAGGCAAUCAGGAAGGUACUGACGAAACGUUCGGUUCCGUCGUCACGACCUGCUCAAUGCAACUCUGCAGUAGAAGCUAAGGUUCAGCAGACGGCUAGUAACAGCUUGAUGCCUCAACCAUUCCCCAUUUGCAACCCCGUGAGUGAAAAGAAGGUUCCGCAGAAAACUUCAAGGAACUCACAGCCUCAACCAUUUGCAGCUCGCAAACCUAGGUUCCAGAAACCAUAUUUCGGUGCUGGCAACUGGACACGUGCCGAUGGAGGCAUUCGCGUUUGGCAAGCGAAGCUCUACGUUCUCACAAGCUUUCUGUGGACCAUUGUGCCUUCGAUUGCGUUCAUCUAUCGGCAUCAAUCCGAUUUCCGGCUUAUCAUGAAGGCACUCAUCGAGCUCAUCAUAGUCGGGAAAAUAACACUGCAAGCUGCUAUCGUUGUGCGCUAUCGGCCGGUACUAGAGCAAAUUUAUGCUGAACUACAAUCCACACUUGACGAAUGCCAUAAAGACACCCGCUAUAAGGUGCAAGUUGUUCUCCGUGAUCUGCAGUCUUUUUCUUCGUUACUGGUGAAAGGUUAUUUGGGGUUUGAAAUAUUCGGUUGUUUGGUUUACUCCGUACUACCUGCCGUCACAACAAUCGUGAAAUAUAUGACUACUGGAAUUGUGCCUCCACUCGCAGCCCCACUAGAAGCAGACUUCAUCUUUGUGGAUUACACAUCGAACUUCUGGAUAUGGCUACUCGUUGCAGUUAUUAGUUUAAUUUUGAUGAUAGCAAAUGUGAUUACGGCCGUUGUCCAAGACAGCCUGUAUUGGUGCUUGGUGCACUAUGUUUCCAGUCUUUUUAAGAUCAUAAGCAUGGAAGUUGAACGACUGGAUGAAUUUCACCAGGAUGACCAACAAUUUGAGCGGGAACUAGCAAGGAUCGUUUCAAUGCAACAUGUUGCUUAUAGCAGUGCUACUGGACUAAAAUCAGCCCUGAGUGGAUUGCUUCUUCUGCUUUACGGAGGAUGUAUCGUUGUGCUUUGUAUGACUAUGAUGGUGUUAACUAUUGCAAGCGAGGAUCAGCAGCUGUUGCUGAAGAUGGGUGUCAUUCUGUACUACAUAUUGUUUCAGAUUUUUUCGUACUCCAUGCUUGGAACGGAACUGAUGGCAACGAGCGCAUCCGUGGCGGAGGCAGUCUACAACAGCCGCUGGCAUCUUCGUUCGGCUGUUGAACGACGAAAUUUACUAUUUGUUCUGAUAAGAUCCCAGCGGAUGGCGACCCUUACUGCUGCGGAAUUCUUUUCUAUCAGUCGCGCUACCUUCGCCAUGACUAUUCGUUCGGCAUUUUCUUACUUCACGGUUUUGAGACAGUUUUACGGUCAACAGAAUAGGAGCACAGCGGUGUCGUACAGCGAACUAUAA